AUGGGCAUGAUAGGUACGGGUACCUCGAUAUCGCCGAAUAGGUUGAUCAAUCCUCGAAGUCCUUUCACCCGCAUUGCGCUAUUCACAUUCAUUUGCCUCACAAUCAUCUUCUUCACCGGACGACCUACACCAGAGAGGCUGCAUCAAAUCCAAUCAAAACUCAGUCCUAGCUCACAAGAAAUUCUUACCACACAAAAUGGUUCACCCGAUUGUGCCGUCAACUCAACACACCUACGUGAACUGAAAGAAAAAUAUGGUCUCGAUGAUAAAAUUGAAUAUGCCUCCAGACAAGUCAGAUAUCAUCGACAAGAUAUUGAACGAAAAUCCAUUACUAGACUCGACGAACACUUAUUCCCUCGAUACUUCGAUACAAUCAACAUCGAGAAAGACACGGCUCCUACUACGAAAUGUCUGAAACCACUCGAUGUACCGGUCCCAAAGUCUGCUAUUCCUGCAGAUGUGAAUGCUACCGAUUUCCUCUUCGGCAUUUCUACCACCUACAAGAGAAUCACUGAUCCAAAGAUUAACCCCAUGCUCGAUUGGUCGCAUUGGUUGACCGAUGGUCAUGGAAACUCCAAUGGAGGUGGAUUGAUCCUACGAUUGGUCGAUGCUUCGGAAAAGGAAAUCGACGAAAUCAAGAAAAUGUUGAAAGCAUAUGGAAUCGAUGCCAAAGUCUACACUGCAGACAGUAAAAUCGAAAUGGCCGAGCGUUACUUUUCUCUCCUACCAGCUUUAUACAACGACAAGUCCAGAAAACAUCGAAAAUGGCUGGUAAUGUGCGACGAUGACACAUUCUUCCCAAACAUGGAUGCUCUCAUCAAGAAAAUGGCAACAUAUGAUGCUAGUGAAGAUUUAUAUAUUGGUAAUCUUUCUGAAGACGUCGGUAGUCUUGCCCGCCAUGGAAGCCAAGCUUAUGGUGGAGCUGGAGUCUUCUUUUCCGUUCCUUUGGCCGCGACAAUUACAGAUCUUUUCCCUCAGUGCAGCACUAAACAAAAGGUCGAAGAAGCAAAUUCCGGAUGGGGUUCUCAAGGUGAUAUCCUUCUCCGAAAGUGCGUAUACGAAAACACCGAAGUCCGUUUGACUGUCCUUCAUGAUAUCUGGCAAUUGGAUAUUGUUGGUGAUCCAUCAGGGUUCUAUGAAUCUGGCAUCAGACCACUUUCUCUUCAUCAUUUCAAGGGAGGAAUGUGGCAUGAAGCUCAAGUUUUCGAAUCCACUAAAAUUCAACAAGUUUGUGGUGAAGAUUGUUUCCUUCAAAGAUUCCAAACCAGAGAUAACUUUAUCCUUACAAAUGGUUGGUCCAUUGCUCAUUAUCCUAAGGGUAUUGAUUUCAACCUCCAUCAAAUGGAAAGGACAUUCAAUGCAUUAGGUGAUGAUGGAACAGGAUGGAAUCUCGAUUUCAUGUUUGGACCUCAAAGAAUUCCUCUUCGUGAAACUGGACGAAAAGUUUCAUGGGAUCUUGCUGAAUCGGAAUUGAGAGCAGACGGAACGGUCAGACAAACCUAUAUUCGAAAGAAGGAUGAUUGGAGGUGGAAAGAUCACAAGGAUGGAAAAAGAAUGUAUGAUGUUGAUGGUGUGUUGGAAUUGAUUUGGACUCUGUGA